AUGGUUUUGCCUAAGAAAUACGAGUUAAGAAGGUGAACGUACGGCGGAGAGAAAUUAACCAAGGGCGAGUAUCCUGAUGGGAAGCGUACUGCAGAUGCCGUAUGACGCUACCGUGAAGUUCAUGCUGGCUUCUCUGGAGCGGAAUCUGCUGCCUGACGCCGUCGUUCGGAGGCUCACGCGCUUGCUCUUAGCCAGCCGUCUUCGCUCCGGUUACAAACCUUCUGCUGAACUCCAGCUCGCUGACCUCCUUCGUUUCGUGCAUUCUUUGAGAGAGAUGCCAAUUGCCAUCAGGACUGAUAAGCCAAAAGUCCAGCAUUACGAGCUACCAACUGAUUUCUUCAAACUAGUGCUCGGAACGAACCUCAAAUACAGCUGUUGUUACUUCUCUGAAAAGGCGAGGACUUUAGAGGAUGCUGAGAAAGAAAUGUUGGAGCUGUACUGUGAGAGGUCACAUUUGAAGGAUGGACAUACUGUUCUUGAUGUUGGAUGUGGGUGGGGAUCACUUUCUUUAUACAUAGCUAAGAAGUAUCCUAAUUGCAGCAUUACAGGAAUCUGUAAUUCAGUAACACAGAAAGCGCAUAUUGAUGAGCAGUGCAGGGCUCUUCAGAUGCAGAAUGUGGAGAUCAUUGUUGCGGAUAUAACGACUUUUGAAAUGGAGGCAUCAUAUGACAGAAUAUAUUCAAUUGAAAUGUUUGAGCAUAUGAAGAACUAUCAGGAUCUUCUGAAGAAGAUAUCCAUGUGGAUGAAACCGGAUGGCCUUCUUUUUGUUCAUUAUUUCUGCCAUAAAGCCUUUGCUUACCACUUUGAGGAUAUAAAUGAAGAUGACUGGAUUACUAGGUACUUCUUCACUGGAGGUACGAUGCCCUCAGCUAAUCUGCUUCUUUAUUUCCAGGAUGAUGUUUGUGUCAUCAAUCAUUGGCUUGUGAAUGGGAAACAUUAUGCGCAGACAAGUGAAGAGUGGCUCAAAAGAAUGGACAAAAACUUGGCUUCCAUUAAGCCAAUAAUGGAGUCAACCUAUGGCAAGGAUCAGGCUGUUAAGUGGACUGUCUACUGGAGAACAUUCUUUAUUGCCGUUGCAGAACUCUUCGGAUACAGCAAUGGAGAAGAAUGGAUGGUUGCACUUUUCCUUUUCAGAAAGAAAUGAAGCAGUCGAUCACUCCUUUACACCUGAAAGGAACCGUUACUUAUUCUGCACCUGCCAUUUAACUUCACGCAAUAAGUUUUAAUAGCUACUACUACCUUAACUUCACGCAAUAAGUUUUAAUAGCUACUACUACCUUAACUUCACGCAAUAAGU